CAUAACUUCGGACUAAUUGAUAUUUGUGCUUUCAGCACAUUUGUGUAGUUGCCACCCUUGUUCCCAAGUUUCCCAAUUAACAUGGCAGACGCGCUCAAGGAGGCUUUUAUUGCAUUUGCUUCCUAUGGCAAAGGACAAGAGAUUAAACAGGACAUGGAUAACAAAAACUUCAGCAAAUGCAUGAAGGACUCCAAGAUUAUUGACGGGAAAUGCAUUACCAACACGGAGGUCGACAUUACCUUCAUGAAGGUGAAGGCCAAGACCGACCGGACGAUUAACUAUGCGCAGUUUUGCGCUGCACUGGAUCACUUUGCCCAGAAGAAGGGCUGCACACAAGCAGAGCUGGCCCAAAAAGUCGCGGAAGCUAGCCCAACGUCCAACGCCACGAAGGCGCAAGCCGUUAAGUACUAUGACGAUAAGAGCAUGUUUACGGGCGUCCACAAGAACGGCGGACCGACCACCGUCGACAAGAUGCGCGCUGGAGGCCUCGCGAACUUGUGCGACAGGAGCCCGGCGGACAAUCGCGGCGUCAAGUACUAAGGCUUGCCGCGGCGCCGGCAUGACGGUUGGCGAGGCGGUUUCCUCUAUUCUUUCUUCUUUUCCUGCUCCUGCAUGCGCGUGUAUGCCACCGACCAGACCGCUGCUUGGCGGGAAUGGCAACCUCUGUGGGAAAGUCCAAUCGGGUCUCGUGAGCCGGUUUUUGGGUAGUGAGGCUGUACUGCUGGGCAGUACGGCAACGUAGGCGAGGUGGUGUAUACGGCCCUUUUGUCUAGAUCGGUUCGUGAUCGGCUCUGGUGAUGCUUUAUUGCAUAUAUAAGCUGCUGUUUUAUACUUGUGUACAUAUCUUACUGAGCGAUGCUCGCACAAUAAGCCAUGUUAAGGUGAUGAGGUCAUGUACCCUGAGGAACAGGGCCUCAUUUGGAAAUGCAAACCUCUUGAAAUAGGGACUGAGACAGGUCCAGUGCUGGAUGUCUUGUGGACAUGUUUUCAGCUGGGCGACAAUGUUUUCCGGACGAUAUGAGGCCAGAGGUCGGCAAAUAAGGCGGGUCCUGCGGUUCCGUACCACAGUACCCGCAGCCGAAAUUCGGCUUAAGUCCCCGUUAGGCUGCGGGUCCCUAAUGACCAAAAUUUGACCAAAAGACGUGAUUUGUGUAGCCUCUAUUGCGGCCCGUAAGGCCGCGUGCUGAAGUUGAACUCUGUGUUUUAACUCAUUUUUUUAGGUCUACUGACCGAGAAUUAUGCCCUCCCGUAGCCGUAGACCCCGAUUUGCCCCUCUUGAUUCUUUCUAACCAGCAUCGGGGUAGUUAGGACCUGACCCCUGACUCGUACUCACGUAUGUGCUUUUGUAGGUGCUGACUCCGCGGCCUAGGCGCCUAGGACAUUCCUAUGGCCCCCUUGUAAAGGAACCUGCCC